AUUUUGGAGGAAAUAAAAACCAAAAUAAACUUUGUGCACAGGAGCUUUUCUCUUUUCCGGAUUUGAUUUUUCGAAACCGAAACUGAGACGCUGGUAAAACCACCAAUGUUUACUGAUACGUAGUGAGAGCUGAUCUUCUUCCUUCCAAGGUUUCGCAGCGAUCUGCGAAGAAACUUACACCUACUUACACAGUUUUUUUCUUGCAUAGUGUGCACUUUGCGGACAAUAAGGAAAUGAGUAAAUUUUAUACCUAGAAGCGACGCAUCAUCCUUUGAUAGCAACCACUUAUACAUAGUGCCAGUACCACAACCAGCCGCCAGAACACGGAGCGGCGAAAAGGUGGAACGACGUCAAGUCGCCAUGGUGCCUGGUCCUCGUGCAGCUGAUCACCGUCGUGGGGAUGAUCAUGUAACGACUGAUGUUAACACGUCAAAAAAACUGCUAUCGCCGCCACCUUCCUCGCUGCACUAUGAUGAUCCGGAUCCACGACCUAGAAUGGAGGUUCCCGCAGGAGAUGAAAACUCGAUCUCCACGUACUACCCCGCUGCGGCCGCCCGGGACGAGAAUGCGGCUCUACUGCUGAGUGCGGGAGAUGAAGUUGUACCAGUGGAUACUAGUGCGAGGAACGCACUGGGACACGUUGAAGAUGCUGGUGCAGAUCAGGAACAGGAGAUGGAGAAUGUGGAAACAACCUCCUCCCGCGGGGGCUGUUGCCAGUGCUGCACGAAAAAGUGCGUGCUCAUUCUUCUCCUCGUAUUUCUCGUCCUCGCAGGCGGUACUUGCGUUUUAAUUUUCGUUCCCUGGUUCGACGGCUGGAGUGAAUCUUUGUACACGAGAUCGAGAAAAGGAGAAUGCGUUUCGUUUCGAGACGUGGUCUGGCCAUUUAGCGGCGGG